AUGACCUCGCCGGCGUCACCUGGCCCCCCCCAGUCGACCUCGCCGGCGCUCCCCCCCCAGGCCACCCCCCAACAUGACCUCGCCGGCGUCACCUGGCCCCCCCAGUCGACCUCGCCGGCGCUCCCCCCCCAGGCCACCCCCCAACAUGACCUCGCCGGCGUCACCUGGCCCCCCCCAGUCGACCUCGCCGGCGCUCCCCCCCCAGGCCACCCCCCAACAUGA